AUGAAAACUGCAGAAUCGAUAAAGAAACUCCAAUCUUGUAGUGUAAGAACAUCAAGUAUUGUGUUGCUACACGUUAGUCGUCAUCGACCGAAAUUCGCAUACAUCAUCGCAAGGAGUGAAGCUCGUUUAUCCUUUAAAUCCCGUGGUCAGCUCUUUGCCAGUCGAAGUAUUUACUACCUCUCCGGAUCGGAUCUCAUGGCUAGACCGCUCGCAUCAACCAAAAAUCGCAAUCAAUGA